UAUGUUGGGGAUGGUCACAUCGAUUUCAACCACAGUGGGGAGACGACGUCAAAUACAGAACUCCAAUUAACUUCGAAGUCUUGUUGUCAUAUAUUUAAGUUUUGUUACCUGCAAGUGUAAACAUGUUAUUAAGUAUACGAAUAGUUAAGGGCGUCUCAAGAUCGUCGGAGAUUGUAGCUGGCGUGUUGUUGUUUAUGUUGUGUGUGGUUCUGUCACAUGGCCAGCGACUGUGCCCGCCCGGGACGUACUGGGACACGGUCAUUGACAAAUGUGACUCGUGCUAUUCCAUUUGCUACAUGGCUGAGAUACAGGGCACUGUUGACACGUGUAAGAAGAAAUGCCCAGGAUUUUUAAAGCCAGUAAAUGACAGAACGGAAAUAAGUGAACAUGACGAGCGUCAUCUGAAAUAUGAUCCACCCUUGAUGAAGGCAGAAGGUCGUAUGUCUGCCGGACUGAUUGCCUUUGUGUGUAUUGCAUGUGUUGCUGUGGGAGCAGCGUUAGUGGGGAUUGUUAUAAUCUGGAGGUCUUGCACGAAAAAAGAAGAAAUGAAAUACCCAAUUCAAGCGGAGGAUCGGACACCAUACCCUGGGCCUGGACCAGAACAGCAAACACUGGUGUGAAUUCGGUGUGUGGUGCUUUAACAAGAACGAAAGCCAGCACAAUUAUGGUAAACGUCUGAACUGAGAGAGAUGGAGGGCUGUUUGUUUACGACACUGGAGCACAUUGUAAACUACGACUUUUCGUCUAUUUUGAUAUUUGGUUUAGAGUGAGACCAGAAAGCCGAAAGGUUACUCCUACCGAAAAACUUCAAAGGAUCUUUUAUAUGUACUUUCCCCAAACAGGACAGUACACUCCACGGUCUUUGAUGUACCAGGUGAUAGGCACUGGCUGGAACGGGGAAAAACUCAGGCAGUCAACAAACACACGACCAACUGAACCCGAGGCAAGCGCUCUAAUGGGCCACAUCCCGACUGGUGCACACGGCUACUUGAGACGUUGGUCACUCCAUGUAUGGCGGGACAGACGACAACAGAUCCGUGUCUUAGCAGAAACACACAAAGAAAUGAUUGCUUUUUCAAAGCAGACAUGCAAUUUAAUGAAUCCGGGUUAAUCUAAUAUUCAUUGUAAAAAUGUUUUAUUAAAUUCUUAAUCUGGUGACUUUUGUAUAUAAAUAUUCCUGUAUAAUUUAUUAAGUAUUUUUUUUAAAUAAAUCAAUUCAAAUAAACGAUGUCAUCAUAUGUGUACGUUUUAAAUGACAAAAACUCAGCUUUGUGCAUUCUCAAACAAAAACUCAGCCUUGUGCAUUCUCAAACAUGCACACUAUAAUGGAAAUAGAAAUAUCUGCAUUACACACAAACACACACACACAUACAGCAUUACACACACACACACAUAUAUGUAUAUAAGUAUGUACGAAUGAUUUUAUAAAAUUUAAUACAGUAAAAAAACACGUCAGGGUAAAGUUAUACCAGAGUGUUUAAAUGGGGACAUGCCGUCUACAAGUAACUAAAGCCUGUCUCCAUAACCAUUGUGAUUAUGAUUAAUCAGACGAACGUGCGUCUUUAGAAUUAUGAAAAAUGCGUUUCGUGGUAUUACAAAAACCUAGAUGACCAAAACCAUUUCAGGUGUACUAAAAUUAAUAUUCUAAAUAAUAAAAUGUACGUACUUCUAAUUUAAAUUAUCAUAAACGGCUUUAAUAGUGAAAAAUACCUCUUAGUGUUUAAAAACUAGGGACUGUCGCUUUAAGUUUCGAUUAUUUCUUCCGGGUUUUCACAACCCUUGUAAACGUGGCUCCUAACAUACUGAGAUAGCUCAGGUGUUAUCGUAUCACUACACAAGACCGAUUCCAUAAGAAGUUCUUAUAGAAUGGACGAAUGAAUGUUUAACGACACCCCAGCACAAGAAAACACACUGCACGUGGGUGUCAAACUAAGUUAUAUGUUAUAUGAUAAUCAAAUUAUAAAAUUAAUAACAAAAUUAGUGUGGACAUCAGUGAAAGAGUCACAUUUGUGACAGACACUAUGAAGCAUAUUAAGAUUAAAUACCAAAAAACAAACUCUUCAAAACGACAAAAAUAAAAGCUACGAUAAUAAUAAUUAUGUGCUGUAUUCGCCAGUCUCAAAGUUGUCAUAGAGACGGGAGGGCAUGUCGCCAUGACCCCGUGUCGAGUGUUUUCCUUGUACAGAGAAUAGAGUAGAUCUUUUUUAAAAGGCAGUAGCUGAUGUAGUAAGCUUUAAUAACCUUUUAGAUAAAAAGAAAAUCAUUACUUGUAAGCCACCCGGAUAUUGUUAUACAGUCAAAAGUUGCCAUCUUAUUUUAUUACGUCGCCAAAUAGUUUUAAACACGCACGCACACACACACACACACACACACACACACACACACACACACACACACACACACACACACACAUAUAUAUAUAUAUAUAUAUAUUAUGGUUUUUAGUUUUACCUCUUGUAAAUACAGUACUUUUUAAAUAUUGCUAAUAAUCUUUUAAUAGAUUUGAAGUCUUUUAUAAGUGUACUUUUAUUGCUGUAUUAUUGUAUUAUUACUGUCGAACUCUUGUUUGUAUUUUAAUCUGUACACAGGGUGAGACGUGAAUAAAGAAUGUGUCUGUC